AUGAGCAUCUUAAUGCUUUCUAUGAUAUGCGUCAUUUAUACUUUCGACUUGCCAGGCAUCCAACAAAAAACCUAUUUUGAGGGUCAAUAGAUCCCAGUCUUAAUAAACGAGAUGACCUCAGAAUCUACUCAACUCCCAUAUGAUUAUUAUGAUCUUGAUAUCUGCAAACCAGAAUCGACUGAAAAUCAGAAUUAAAACAUCGGAUCCAUGAUCUUAGGCACUUUAAUAUAAUAGUCCAAGUAUUAAAUAUUUAUGAAUUAUGAAAUCACUGAUGAAAUACUCUGUACCAAACACUUUACAUAAACAGAACAGAACAAUUUGAAAUGGUUUAUUGAUCAUGACUAUAGAGUCAACAUGUUAAUUGAUGAAUUACCAAUACUGUCUAGUAAUCCUUUGAAUAAUACAAUCAUUGGAGUACCUCUUGGAAUUAGAAAUGUCAAUUAGUAUUCCUUUUACAAUCAUUACAAUUUCAAAAUUGAAAUCUACAACACCUCUAAAUCAGAAAUCAAUUAGACCUUUAGCAUUAAUUCAAUAACAGUUGAAUUUGAAUCCAAGUGCAUGGAUAGUUCUGAAAUAGAUUCAGGAAUCAAUUGUCCAAUCAAUUCAAUAGUGAAUGUCACUUAUUCAGUCAGAUAUCUAAUGACUAACUCAUCAAAUAGAUGGUCAGCCUACUUAAAUAUAGUCACCAAUACUGAUUAAGAGUGGAUGCCACUUAGCAUAACCUUAUAUGUAUUUUUUGGCUUGACUUGUCUCAUUGCUUUGUUUAUUAGAUUCACUGUUAAGAGAGAUGUGCUAACUUUUGAAAUGUUGCCACAAGAGGAUAGUGACGGUUAGAUCGAUCAAAAGGGAUGGAAAUAAAUCAGUCGAGAUGUGUUUAGACCUCCAGCUGGCAUACUAUUUUUGAGUGUUCUGAUUGGAACUGGCAUUCAAUUUACCAUCAUGACUUUUUUCGUUUUCUUUCUCUCAUCAAUAGGAUUUAUCUAUUCUGCACACACUGGGUAUCUAGCUACUCUAGUGAUUGUUGUGUAUGUAUUCACUGGUAGUUUGAAUGGAUAUUAUUCUUCUAAAUUUUACAAGUAUUUUAAGGGGGAAUAUUGGCUGUUAUGUACUUUGGGAAGCAAUUUGGCAUUUCCAAUUAUGGCUUUGUUUAUUUUUGGAAUUGAAAAUAUUGCCUUAAUGUUUGAGGAGGCUUCAAGUGGAUUAGACUUUAAAUCUGGUAUUACAUUCAUAGCCUUGCAACUCGGUAUUCAAACUCCAUUGAAUUUAAUCGGAUCACUCAUUGGAUUCAAAACUGAAUCACCUAAAAAUCCAUGUAAAUAUGGAUAAAUUGCUUAGGAAAUUCCUUAGCAGCCAUUUUACUUGGAUUAUUUUUAUAGCUGUUUGAUUGGAGGAUUCGUGUGUUUUAUAUCUAUUGGUCUUGAGAUUAGUUAAAUAAUGCAAUCCAUUUGGAAGAAUUCUUACUAUGAAUUCUUUGUUUCAUUGCUUUUUACUGCAAUUUUGUUGAUUAUUAUUAGUGCUGAGGUUUCAAUCUUAACGGUUUAUUUUCUGCUUUAAAACUAAAAUCAUAGGUGGUGGUGGAAAGCUUUCUUUGUGCCUUUUACUUCAGGAGUAUAUUUAUUUAUAUAUUCAAUUUAAUAUUACUUGGAUUCGUUGUAAUUUACUAGAUUCUCAACAAUUUUAUACUACUUUGGUACUAUGUAUAUGGCAUCUCUAUGUUUGGGAUUAAUAUGUGGAACGGUGGGUUUCUUGGCAAGUCAUGUUUUUGUUAAAAAAAUAUAUUCUAUGGUCAAAUUAGAUUGA